CAGGAUCGCGCGUGCUGCGCGUGCGCCCUCAAAGUACGCAACGUGUGCGCGCGAGAGCUUUCAAGUUCGUAACGCGGCGGUGCGCAAGGCCCCGACCCCGGAUCGAGGUGACUUAAUUGAGUCCAGGAAGGCGGAAAGGAUUACCGUGUCGAAUGGUGCUGGGGGUCAUGGUGACGGUGGUGGUGGUGUUGCGUACGGCUGGGCCUGGCAGAGGUUAAAGUUAAUCAUUCUGUUGACGACGACGUGCUUGGGACCAAUUAGAGAUGGUGCGCUAGUGCGAUCACGAUCACCGGGUGAAGCGUGCGUGAGUGAUCACCACACAGAAACACAGAACCCAUCCACGGGAAGCGAAGGGACAGGAUCACCGGGCAAUGAUGUCGCCGGAGAGCAACGGCGAACCGGAACCGGUGGUGACGACACCGGGAGCCAAACGGAGCCGCAGUUUCGGUAGUGUCGACGAUGAGACGAGCAGCUCGCUCAACUUGACGGAAGGACUCCAGUACGGUGCGUCCGAGCUGCUGAAGGUGUUCGGGUACGGGGCGGCGGCACCGUGCGCGAAAAGGGCCCGCCAACCGACAGACGAGGACCGCGAGGAUGUGUGCAGUGAUGGCGACGGACGCGGUGAGGCCACGAAGGGCCACGAGUGUGGCACCGGAAGUGCUGCCAGUGAUCGCAGCAGUAGUAGUAGCUGUCCGACCGUCAUCUACGGUGCCAGUGCCAAGUGUGACACGCUCAACAACAACAGCCCCACGAGCGGCAACCAUAAUAUCAACAGCAACAACGCGGUUGUUGCUGGUGGGUCGAGCUGCGAUAACAACAACUCGAUCAGCGAGAUGGACGAGAGCAAGUUUAGUGAGUUUAGUAAGUUUUUGGCCGACAGUGAGAAGGACGAAAGUAUGGCCACCAUCCUGGAGCUGCUGCAUGAUAACUAUGGACUGAUCCAGCGAUACGCGUCCGGGUACGACUGUAAGCACGAGAAGUGUCAGUACGAGAGCCUGCACGAGCACUUCCACUGCCACGACACGUUCUGCCGGGGGAAAGUGCUGUACAAGAAGUACGAAAUCAUACGGCACCUGAAGUGGCACAAGAAGCGGAAGGAGUCGCUCAAGUACGGGUUCUAUCGUUUCUCGUCGUCCGACGAUUGCAGCAUACAGUACGGUGCGUGCCAGCACAACUACAAGCACACGCACUACCAUUGUGUGCACGAGAACUGUGAUAAGGUGUACAUUAGCACCAGCGACGUCCAGAUGCACGCCAACUACCACCGGAAGCACGAAGCGAUCGUCAAAAAUGGCUUUCAGCGGUUCCGGGCCACGGAAGAGUGCAACACGGACCACUGUGCGUUCCGGGCGCAACGGACUACGCAUUUUCACUGUCGGCGGGAGAACUGCAAGUACACCUUCAAAAACAAAGCGGACAUGGAAAAACAUAAAACCUACCACCUGAAGGACGAGAUGCUGCUGCGCGAUGGCUACAAAAAGUUCCUUAAAACGGAGGACUGCACCUACAAGGACUGCCGGUUCUCGCGGGUCUGCAACCACAUUCACUGCAUGCACGAAAACUGUCACUACGUGCUGCACUCAAGCGGUCAGCUGCUCAGCCACAAGCGGAAGCACGAGCGCAUGGACACGGAGGUGGACUAUCGGCGGUUCCAGAUGGCGCGCAGUUUCCUCUCGAAACUGACACCCGGAAAGGGGGAAGAUUCUCCGGCGAAGCCCGGCGCUAGUGAUGCGACAACUGCCCGGGAAGGCCAGGACGAUGAAGAGUCGAUCUCACCCGGCCCGAUGGCCGCCGCCGCCGAGGGCACGAAAAAUCCGUUUCUCGAUCUGCUCGCCGUAAUGGCGGAGAUCACGUUCCGGACGCUGCCACUGCAAAUGAUGUACCACAUGCGGCUGCAGAUGUUGCAGAGUAUGGGCUAUGAGCAUGUUUUUGCGCCGGAGAACGUCGAAAUGCUGCGCAGUUUGUCGUUGAUGGGGCCGAGCUUUGAGGAGGCUUACCUGAACCAGCUCUACGGUGGGGCCGGCCUAGGAGGACCGCCGGCACCGGUCGAUCAAAGCGGCAGUCCUUUGGGUGUCGCUGAUCGAUCGCCUGCAGUGAAGCGAAAGUACAAGGUUGAGAUGCCGUGCGAUGUCCCCGAAGUGCUGGCUGGUCCCGGAGAUGGACCGCUCUGUAUGAAGAAGGAACCACUCAGUCGGACGCCACCUCGAUCGAAGCUACUGUCGAACCCAUCGGUUGACUAUCGACUGCUGAAACGGGACGAUAGUGGUCCGAUGAUGGCGAGUGUGACGAUGGCAACCACUCCUACCAGCUCUAGGCGGUCGCCUCUCGAGGCACCAGGAUCGAGUGUUGCGGACCGUGACCGAGCGCUACUCGAGACGGCCAACUUCCUGCAGUUUAGCUCCAGCAAAACGCUGUUCAAUCGCAAACGGGGUCGCCCGCGGAAGAACCACGUGAUGGAGGUGUACAAUAAUGCACAGGACUCCCCGCAAGCCAUAUUUACUAGUUUCAAGUUGGAGAAAAGUGACUCCAAGCCGCCCUCGGAACCGACGGUCCCACUGGACUCCUUGUGCACGCCCGCAUCGAAGGACUCGGAACGGAAUGCGAGACAGUAUGUCCCUGGGGGCCAUCACAGCACCGCUGGAGUGGGCCAGCUAGGUGGACCCGACUCGGCAGGGAUUUUCGGUAACUUCUCGCAACUGCUAGAGCGCCACAUGCGAGAAGUGAAGCAUGAGCCCGUGGCCACCGUGACACAGGGCACGGCCGAGCAGACACGUCGCGAUAAGAGUCGCAGCCACCUGAAGUGCGUCGUCUGUGAGAAUCUCUUCGAAACGUUUGCCGACAUCAAGAACCACGAGUGUCACGGAGACCGGGCGGCCAUAGAUAAGCCGCUGUUGGCCUUUCCACCGGUAGCCUCAGCCGGGCCACCGGGACUGAUCGACUAUCGGGAUCGAGCUUACUAUGUGCCGGUUUCGGACCCAUCUCGGGCGACGGCCUUAACACCCGGGAUGGGUGCAGCACACCAUACCACGCCGAAAGACGUGACUUCGUUGGUCAAAACGGCCGGAACAUUCUUCCCGGAUGUGAACGCUAACAAAGUGAAAUUUUCAUGACGCGAGCGUCGGACGCGUUGAUUAGGAGGAAAGCGGAGUUUAUCAUUUUUAACGUGAAAAUGUCUGUAAAUUCCGUGUCAUACAGUGUCGCAGUAAUUCGGAGAAUUCCAUAGCAAUGUAUCAUUUAAAAGAAAGCCAUCUGAAGCGGAGAGCGCGCUCUAAUCAACCCAGCACGUGGUAGUAAUGUUAAGUAAACAGUACGUUGCGCGGUCUGUAAAGUGACUGUAAAAAAAGACAGGCCAUCAGAGAACUAUCGGGUAUUUGUAGCGAAAUUGAGCACUGUACAGAGGACGAACGAAUCGUGAAAUAAA